AUGGAGAUCGGGGCCCAUCAGGUCCCUUUCACUGGGGUGCGCGAGCAGACGCCUCUCGUGCACUACAAUGACACCUAUCAGUCAGCAACUCGUGCGCACGACCUUGAAUCGGACUGCAUCCUUGUAGUGGGCGCAGCACGCAAUGCAACCAGUGACCAAGGCCUCAUGCUGGACGUAUGCGCCUGUGGCAUCAGUGGCACUGUUCUGCAGAGCUGCCAGCGCUGGCAGCACACAGAACACAACGGAUCUGGUACCUGGAACGUGGCCGUGCGUUCGGCUUUGCCGAAGGAUCCAUCCAGCGGCGGGGCGGCGCAGAUAUUGCUGAAGGGCCGAGAAGGCCUACUGCAUAUGAGCUACCGAGCCGGAUCAGCAGAGCAUCUCAACCAUGACACCUCCUGGCGAAAGCUGGAAGAGAUCCUCCGAGUCUUCUCGCUUCCGGGCUGCUUCCUCAGAAUUCUCACAGCAUCCCGCGUGCAACUGAACAGUAAAGAUUUGGUUCGGCUCGGAACGCAUUAUGACUUGCAUGUAGAUGGCAUUGCUGAGCAACUGAGUGGUUCAUCGCUGCAUUCUCCGUUGUCGAAGCCCUUCUCUGUACAAGAGGCACUUCGCGGGAUCACUCCAGAGCAGGACACGUUGCACCUUCCAGGAGUCACAAGCACUGCCGUGGAGGACUUUGUUGCAUUUCUCUACACUUCACAGCUACCUUGGGACCGUCCAGCAUUCGAGGAUGACUUGGAAAAGCGCGUUUGUGAACUUUGCAAUGCAGCCGUAGUGUCGGAGACGCCGUCGCUGGAGCUCUGCUGCCGCGGUUGGCUAGUUGCCUCGGGCCAGAUCCAAAACCACGAGCUGUGGGAGCUAAAGUCCAUCGAAGACUUUGAGAUGGAAUCCUGGUCCAGUUGCAAGGUUGCAGCGGGAUCUAUUGUUGGACGCGGCCUUCCUGGCGCAGUGCUGCAGGAUGACGUGGCAACGCUCUUGGACGAGGUCAGAGACAGCAACAGCAUGCCGCUAGAAGACAAAGUGACUGUCAUACUCGGCAAGCGCUGCUGCAGUGGUUCUACAUCCACGCCACGCUUGGAGGCUCACCGCUGCAUCCUGGCAGCUUGCAGCGGCUUCUUCUCAGCCGCGCUAUCGUCUAACUUCCUUGAGCGUGACGGCCUUAUUCACCUCGGCUUCGUUGAGGAGCACCUCUUGUGCGGCGAUGAAAGCGAUGUGGAGGUUGCAAGAAUUGCGUUCCGGGCCUUGAUUCGUUACCUCUACACUGGGCAGUUGGAUGUUGAAGUGCCUUCCGCAGUCGACUUGUUGGCACUCUUGCGAGGCAACUUCUUGCAGCUCGAAGGACCUCUCGACAAGGCUUGUGAAGCGUGUAAGCAGAUGGCAUUGUCUGCCACACUGCAGGAUUUGGCGGGAGUUGCUAGGCGUGCGGCGGAGCUUGGCCUGGAAGACAUUGCAGAGGCAGCUCUGCAUCGCCUGGCGGACUCCAUGUGCGAUCAGGAUGCUUGCCAGGCCGGGACGAUAAGGAAUGCUGCUGCAAAGCUGUCGCACUCGCUCUUGGUUGAGCUUGUGGCUUGCCUUGCG